AUGGUUGCUGUCAAGCCCGUCGCCAAGAACUCCAAGGCUGUCAAGGGGAAGAAGGUCCUUAGAAAGAAGAAGGUCCAUCUUAAAUUCAAUGUUGAAUGCAAGAACCCCGUUGAAGAUGGUAUCGUCAAGAUUGAAGAUUUCGAAGCUUUCUUGAAUGAGCGCAUCAAGAUCAAUGGUAAGACCGGACAACUCGCCAGCAACAAUGUUAAGGUUGAAGUUGCCAAGACCAAGAUCUCCGUUAUUGCUGAGAUUCCAUUCUCCAAGAGAUACCUUAAGUACCUUACCAAGAAAUACUUGAAGAGACACUCCCUCAGAGACUGGCUCCGUGUUGUUGCUAUCAACAAGAACACCUAUGAGCUCCGUUACUUCCACAUCAGCCAAGAUGAGGAUGAUGGCAGUGAUAACGAAUAA